GUGUGGCGGGCGGUGAUUGACACAGAGACUAACCAAUCAGGGGUUGCGGAGCCCGGGACUGUUCGGAAACGGAAUGUUGAUCGCGAACGCGAAGCCAAUCAGAGGGAGCAGGAGGCGGGGCUUGUGGCUGAGCCAAGUUCAAUCAGUGGUAGCAGCACCUGAGCAAACAGCAACAAAGUAACCCGGAAAAUAACCACGCACAAAAUGCUUAGCUUAGGCUCGGGAGGUGGAAAAACGGCGAAACCCUCAUUUGUAUCUUACGUUUCACCAGAGGAAAUUAAAAAAGAAAAUGUUAAUGAUGAGUUGAAGCCACACUUAUUACCAGGAGAAAUUCUAAUCUGCGAGGCAAACACGGUGGUGAAACUCAGUCGAGAAGAUUCCUUACAAAGAGGCUUUUAUGGAAAGCUCAUCUGUACCAAUUUCAAAAUCUCUUUUUUAAGUGCUGAGCAGUUGUUGGAUGAGGUGGAACAAUCAUAUAGGAAUAAACUGAUGGGUGAAAAUGAUAUCUCAUUGCAUUGUGUGGACCAGAUCUUUGGAGUGUAUGAUGAUAAAAAGAAGCCGCUCCUACCAGGUGCUGUAAAGAACAAAAUUCCUGAGAAGCUUCUGCUGUAUUGUAAAGAUUUCCGAGUCUUUCACUUUGGUUUAAGAUACACUAAGGAAGAGGAUGCCAGAAGGCUGAUCCAGGGGAUAGUUCACCAUUGUUUGAAUCCAACAUCUUUAAAAUGUUUGUUUGCUUUCCCCUAUGUCGGUGCAGCAGGUGGUCUUAAAGUGGGUCCCAUAAGAAUAGAAGAUGAUCCUCCAACCAUGAUGUUUGAAUCAAAAAAUGAUUGGCGAGGAGAGCUGGACCGCACUGGAGGUCUGCUAACUUACAGAAUAAUUUCCAUUAAUGAAAAUUAUAAAAUCAGCACCAGACUUCCACAGUUCUUUGCUGUUCCUUUAUCUGUUGCUGAUGAUGACAUAAAGAAAUACAAGGGAAAAGGAAUUCCUCUUUGGUGCUGGUCUCAUCCCAGUGGUUGUGCAUUGCUGAAGAUGGCAGCUGUCCCUGAAGCAGCUGAUGACAGUGCUUCACAAAUGGACAAAGGUUGGAUUGAAAGACAGCUCCAUAUUCUUGGAGAAGCCCAUCCCAUAAAUUACAUGAUCAGGACUGAGAUCCUUUCAGCCACUCUCCCAACUCUACAGGAAAUACAGGCUUCUUACAGCAGGUUUAAGCAGUUGUUCCUUACAGAAAAUGCUGCUGAAUUCUGGGAGACUGACAUUAAAUGGCUGUCUGCUUUGGAAAAUUCAAACUGGCUGGAAGUUAUCAGGCAAUGUUUGAAGAAAGCCUUGGAUAUUGUUGAAUGCCUGGAACAUAAAAACACAACUGUGGUGCUUAUGGAAGAAAAUUGCUGUGAUCUGUGCUGUCUUGUAGCUAGUCUAGUCCAGGUGAUCAUCGACCCACAUUUUAGAACAAUAUCUGGUUUCCAAAGUUUAAUUCAGAAGGAAUGGGUGAUGGGCUGCCAUUGCUUUCUGGAUCGAUGUAAUCUUCUGCGAAACAACGAUAAAGAGAUGCAAGGAUUGGCGUGUCACACGAGCAGUGCUGGGAUCUCAACUGUUUACAAUUUACAUGAGAUGGAAGAUGUAGUUGCCAUAUUUGCUGAUGACACGAGUAGGAAAACUAGUUGUGAAGAGGACAUGAAGUUGCAAAAGACGUAG